AUUGGAAUAGUAGUGCACGAAACGCUGCAUGCACUUGGCCUUUGGCACGAACAAUCACGUAGCGAUCGCGAUGAGCAUAUCUGGAUUAACUAUAUCAAUAUUUAUCCGGGAACACAAGGGAAUUUUGAAAAGCGAACAACACUGAAUAGCGAUAACAUGGAACAGCCCUACGAUCUUGGCUCAGUGAUGCAUUAUGGAUCGCGAGCUUUCACUACCAACUUCGACAGGUAUACAAUCGAGACACGCGAUCGACGCUAUCAACGUACAAUCGGUCAGCGUCAGGGCCUCUCUUUCAAGGACGCAAAAAUGAUCAAUCGCCGUUACUGCAAGAAUGUAUGUCUGAGAGCGGUGGUUUGUUAUAAUGGUGGUUACACGGAUCCGAAUAACUGCAACCAGUGUAAAUGUCCAUCGGGAUUUGGUGGAGAAAAUUGCAGUGCAGUUCAAAAAAGCGGUUAUUCUUAA